GGCGCGCUGGAUCGGCGGCGGAAAAGGCGCUGCUGCCCUUCCCUGCCGUAGCCCUGGAGAAGCCUGCGGUGCCCGGCGGCUCCGCCAUGGAGGAGAGCAGCGGCAUCCGCCUGUCGGCCGAGUGCCUGGACGAGCCGCCCAACAGCCGCGUCUUCGUGGUGCUGGGCAAGGACACGGGCGAGGCGCUGAUCCGGGAGCGCUUCUCGCCCUUCGGAGACAUCCAGAACAUCUGGCUCCUGCGGGACAGGCGCACCAACGAGUCCCGCGGCAUCGCCUUCAUCAAGUUCGCCCGCAGCUCGCAGGCCUGCCGGGCCAUGGAGGAGAUGCACGGCCGCAGCCUGCUCCCCGACAGCAAGCCCAUCAAGGUGUUUAUUGCACAGUCAAGAGCUUCUGGAAGCCACCGAGAUCUUGAAGAUGAGGAGCUCACACGAAUCUUUGUUAUGAUACCAAAAACCUACACGGAGGAGGAUCUGCGGGAGAAGUUCAAGAUGUAUGGAGACAUUGAAUAUUGCAGCAUUAUUAAAAACAAGACUACUGGAGAAAGUAAAGGUUUGGGCUAUGUCAGGUACCUGAAACCAUCGCAAGCUGCCCUAGCAAUUGAGGAGUGUGAUCGAAGCUACAGGGCCAUUUUGGCUGAACCUAAAAAUAAGUCAUCUGAGUCUUUUGAACACGAUUAUUACAGUAAUGUCAUGAGACCAGAACUAAGAGGAAAUACGCUUCCAUUUUGUAUGCAGCCAGAAUUUUGUAGCUUUGAAAAAGCUGAGACCCGAAUUCAAGAGCCAGUCUCGAAGCGCCUGUCGGUGGUGUCUCGACUCCCCUUUAUUCAAGAGCAGCUGUUCGCCCUCUUCGAUUUAGUUCCAGGUCUGGAAUAUUGUGAUGUGCAGAGAGACCCUCAUACCAAUAGUGGGUACGCUGUGAUUCAGUACAGCACUGCUGCCUCAGCUAUAUAUGCCAAGUACAAACUACAUGGGUUUGAGUAUCCUCCUGGAAAUCGACUAACUGUCAUUUUCCUAGAAGAUGGGAAUGACAGCUCAGACCUUAUCAGGAAGAUGGCAACGCAGCUGGUGACAGCGCAGGUGUCGUCAGCGCUGCGCGGUAACAGCGCCAUGGUUCAGCAGUACAGGACGCCUCCUCAAGCAUUUGGAGGAGCUUCUGCCCCACAGUUGCUGCAGCCCCAAACAGAUGCCAUACUUCCACCACCCACAAAAAAAGUUCCACCUGACACUUCUGUGAAGGAAAGGCUUUUCAUACUUUUUCAUCCCCAUCCUUUACCAGUAAAUGUACUGGAGGAUGUGUUCUGUCGUUUUGGACAAUUGAUAAGCGUUUAUCUUGUGGCUGGAAAAAAUGUGGCCUAUGCAAAAUUUGCAGACAGAGCAAGUGCCAGUGAGGCCAUAACUGCAUUGCAUGGCAAGAUUGUGAAUGGUGUGAGGCUGAAGGUGAGGCUGGCAGACUCACCCUCCGAGGAGCCCAACAAGCGCCAGAGAACUUACUGAGCAGAAACUAAGUAAUGACAUGACCCUCAGCUAGCUGACUGACUGACUGAAAACGUGACUAGACAUGGUUCCUGUGGACAGUGACAGCUUUUUUCAGUGACAACUUUUUAUUUGUUAAUUGUUACUUAGUUGAUCUCUCUAUGAUCCUUUUUCUUUCUGAAUAUGCAGACAUGCAGUUUUGAAAAUUCUGUAGGCGUUAAAAACUGUAAACUGGUGGUUGUUCUUGUAAUAGUAUAUAACCUUGUAUUACAGAAAUAGCUCUUGUUUUUACCUGAAUCCUUCCUAUAAGAUGGAAAUUACAAUGAUGGAGGAAAUAAAGGAGCCAGCAUUUUCUGACUUGAGUGGUUAAUUGAUAAUGAUUCAGAUUCUGUUAAAAUAGAAGACAUCUCUCAUGAUCUAAAUUGCAUUGAAAAGGGAAGUACAGUAGUUAAUUCAAAGAAAAUAAAGCAACUUUAACAAUGCCAGCAGACAUGACAGUAUUCAUCUAGAUUUAAGAAAAUUGCUGUAAUCAAGAAAAUAAUUAAAGUACAUUCUUAAAUAUUUUGUUGGUAGAAUCGGCCUCUUGAUGAGUCUCCUGUGCCAAAAUCCCCAGCUUAGUGGGGUGGAUGCCUGUGUCUUUAGGGGGUAUAAACAUCCCUAGGAGGGUAAACACUCAAAAAUUGAGUAACUGGUGGUGGUGUUUGGCCAUCCAAGAUGGGAAGAAGAAUCAUGUUGGAAUGGUCUUAAUGGUUGCUUGAGGGAGCAUUCAACACACACAGAGGGUUGGAAGAUAUCCUUUACAGCUUGAUGUUACAAAUUAGAACAAUGCCAUUUUCUAGUUGUUCUCAAUCUUGUUUUUAUUACUACAUGUCUCUGGGAACAGUGGGCUAUGACAUCCCUGGGCAUGGAAGGUCAGUGCUCUGUGUGCAGUCUUGCUUUGGGCUAUGGAGCUCCCUUGCCAGCUUGUUCAGUCAGGUCUGCAGCUGAACAGAGUUAGGCUGGAGCUCAAAAAAACCUUCUUCCCACUUUCAUUUCUAAGGGUUCAAGACACUGCUUGUAGAGUUUGGUUUUCAGGUGUCUCCCUUUAAGUCACUGCUGAAUCAGGCUAUCAAGUGACUUGCAUGGAGUCAGUUUUAGUAUUCGGGUAAAGGUUUUUAGACGGUACUUAGAAUAAAAUCAUUAUUGCUCUCAGAGUUCAGUGUAUUUCCUGAAAACAUUAAUGAUCUAUUCUUUGGCAGUUUGUGUAAAUACAUUUGAUUGGAUAUGACACCAUCACUCCUUGUUUAAUUGUUACAUAGCACUGCUGAUAAGUGGCAGACUGCUUUACUAGCUCCUUGCACUGGUAAGUAAAAGCUCUGUGUGCUGUCAGAGUGAGCCUUAGGUUCCUGUACUGGAAAAAACCUGUGUCACUCAUAAUUCCCUUUGAUGCUAGUGAGUGAAUUGACCAGAACUGUCUGAGGUUUCUGGUGUGUUAUUUUGCAGUAUCAGUGCUUUGAUGCUGACAAGUAGAAGUUUGUGUGCUUACCUAUAAGUGACUUAGAUUUCAGCUGUGUUCAUCAGCCAUAGUUUCUGUUGGUGUUGAACAAGACUUCUGUACCUUUGAAAAUGAGAUAAUCGAGAUUUCACAAAUCACACUAAAUUAUGUCCAGUAGAAAUCAUUAUAUGUUUAUAAAAAGUAAGAAAUAAAGAUUGAUAUAAGACUUUGAUUUAAUCUAUUUUAUACAUCUGCCUGCUCCCACACCUGAAUUCUUUUAUUAGGAAUUUUUCUUCAAAUUCUGCAGAUCUUGGGAAGGUCCAAUGUUAACAUGCAAUAUCUAAUACACAAUAUCUGCAGGACUUUAUUAAGACUGAAGAGUUAACUGCUGAUAAGAUCCUACUCUAUAUUUAGAGAAAGUGUUUACAAAUUCUGAGCUUGGGAGUACAGAAGUUUCACUGGGAAUUCUUCCAGCUCUUCUGGCCAAGUUCUGUCUUUGGAAAGUGCUACUGAGUAAAUUUUUCAGAUGCCAUUUUAAAAGAUACAGGGCAAUGUUAACAGAGCAAAGUAUGUGGACAUCAGAACUAUUGAAAAUGAAAAUAUAUAUGCAAGAAAUAUUUUCUAAACUUGAAAUUAUAAGCAGCUUCACAUAUAAAAUUGCAAGAUUGCUGAAAGUUAAGUAUUGGAAUGCUGAUUUAUCUUCAUGCUGGGCACACUAAAUCCCCUUUCUUAUAUGUCUGUUAUAGCUAAGGAUAGCAGGAGGGAAGUCAUGUUUAAUCAGCAAAACAAAAUCAAAGGCAAUGACAUGUGAAUACAUGUAGUGCAUGUUUUGACCCACUGAUAUUUUUAAAUUUUAAUCAAGUCCACAAAAUUCACUUCUAUUCUGAAUUCACUUCUUACAAUAAUGCCGGGGACAUUAAAAUUUGCUGCCUUUUUUCUAUAUGGUAGCAUACCAACUAAGCUACUUAAAAUUAUGGCCAGAAGUUUAGACAUGGGUUAUCCAUAAACAGCUAUGACUGAGUUUUACCCUUUGCCUGUUUAAAGGCCAAGGAUGCAAAAAUGGCCUCGAUGCCCAUAUAUAACAGCAUUCUUGGCAUUUUAUCCUGGAGACCCUCUGAAACUCUUUGAAGCUGUUGCUUUGGAAAAAUAAAUUAUUUAGGUAGUUCUCAGAGAGUGCAGAGGAAAUUGUACCACUGUGACCCUUUUAAAGCUAUUCUAGUGGAGUUACUAAGGAAAAGUCCUUUAAAUACUGAAGCUUGAAAGAACUGAGUCUAGAAUAGAAAGUAGAGAGCUGGUAAUAGCCAGCAGGGUUAUAAGGAUUGUAGUUACAACACUUCCAACCAGAUAUUUUUUUCUCUGUUGUUUAAAAUGUAAAGCUCAAAGUGUUUAAACUGCUUUGGUUUUGCAACUCUGUGCAGUAAAGAAACCAUGCAUUAUGCUGAAAAUGAGUAGUGGGACUGCUAACCACUGCCAAAAUCAAGUAUGAAACAAACUUUGUGUUAUCUUCGAGUGGAUAUAGUUAACUAUAUUAUCAACCAUACAGAAUUUGUUUAUGUGAGAUUGAACCACUCCAGCUAAUUUAUCAUGUUUGUCUUCAGAGAUUCUUGGAG